CAGCACUUUAGGUUGUCAGUAUAUUGUGACGACAGAUAAGCAGCACGUAUAUAAAACCAAAAAGUGCUCCCUCGGAACAUACAUUCUUUCACUACACUCCGUGUAAGCAAUACAUUUGGCGUCUUACCCUUCGAUUACAAUGUGGAAGGUGAUACUAUUAUGCGUUUUCGUUGGUAUAACGGCCGGCAAGUUAGCCAGCUACGAGAACUAUAAGUUGUUUCGUGUUAUUCCGACAACAUUUAGCCAAAAAUUGCUGAUACAGAGCUUAUAUAAAUUUUCCUCAACAGAUAAUUGUGACAUAUGGAAUAUAUCGAACGAAAUGGAUGCAUAUUUAAAUGUUAUGGUAUCUCCGGACAAUGUGAAGAGGUUUGAAGAAGUAAUGAAUUCAGUUAAAAUGCACUUUUUCAUCUUAGAAGACGAUGUCCAAAGAUUAAUUAACUUGACAACAAAAAAAGGCCAGUUAAGUUUCUUCGAUUUUACCAAUUAUCAUACCCUCGAGAAGAUCUACAAAAACCUGGACGACCUGACUGAGAUGUAUCCUGAGAAUGUGGAGAUCAUAGUAGGCGGCUCGACAUACGAAGGACGGCAGAUCAAGGGCGUGAAGAUAUCCUUCAAGCCGAACAAUCCCGGCGUGUUCCUCGAAGGUGGCAUUAAUGCCAGGGAAUGGAUGUCGCCGGCCGUCGUUAUGUAUAUAAUUCACCAAUUACUGUCUAGCCACGAUAGUAAGAUCAGAAAUAUGGCUGAAAGCUACGACUGGUAUAUCUUUCCCGUGUUCAAUCCGGAUGGAUAUGUGUACACGCACACGACAGAUCGAAUGUGGACAAAGACCCUUAAGCCGUACACCGAUAUUAACACCGAUAUUAACACCAUUGGUUGUAAUCCCAAUAGAAACUGGGGUUACCUUGGAUCCUAUCCGUCGUUUUAUAGCCAGACCAACAUGUAUGGCGGACCCAAACCAUUUUCUGAAGUUGAAACAAAGAGCAUGUCCGAAUACAUCGAAUCUAUCAAGGACAAAUUCUUCGCGUACUUAUCAUUCCACUCCCACUCGUCUGACGUGACGUAUCCUCCUGACGUAAUCACGUAUAAUACUAUGAAAUUAACAGAGUCCGAUUCAAAUAUGAUAAAAAUCGCCAAAACACCGUUUAUUGUACCUCAUCAAAGUAUAAUAGGAAAUCGCUAUUUGAUGUCACUAGAACAAAAUAAUGUCGUCAAAGCAAACGAAUUUGAUAGAGGAAGUACCAUAACUUAUAUCAAGGAAAGAUAUAACAAAUCUCUUGUUUUGUCUUACGGAUUACUAGAUAAAUUUUCUAGAGAUGGCUUCUUGCAAUCGCCCGAGCGUAUCGUUUGGUUUGGAGAGGAGGCGGUCUAUGCUCUACAAAACAUAUUAAAGCAGGCAAACCUUAUUUUAUUCAAUAAUAAAUAUUAAAUAAUACUUUCUUUUACUCGAUAUGCCGCGCAUGUAACAUCUUGAUUCGAAGAUGCACAAUAUCGCACUUUGUAUCUAGGAAAAAUAACAAGUUUUCAGUGUCUAGGAGGUAAAAAGGUAAAAAGGAAAAAAAAUAUUAUAUCUAAAUAUAUAAUAUAACUGAUUA